AUGGCCAACCAUUCUUCUUUGCCAUCUUUACUUUGCGCUUCUUUCAACCAAGACCAUAGUUACUUUGUCGUUGGCACCAAAGAUGGUGUUAGAAUAUUUGAUACCAAUACAGGAAGACUUUGUUAUCAAAAGAUAAAAUUCACUUUUGUUAUUGCUGAGAUGUUGUUUAGCUCCAGUCUUCUUGCUAUCAUCAGAGCCGGUGAUCAACCAUCUUUGUCCCCUUGCCGUCUUUGUUUAUUCAAUACAACCACUGGAGCUGCUAUUAGAGAAUUGAAUUUUUUAACUUCCAUACUUGAUGUUUGCAUGAAUAGACAAAGACUCAUUGUCAUUUUACAAGACAAAGCAUAUGCAUAUGAAAUAAAUAGUCUCAUAAUCUUGGAUACUAUUGACACAAUGCCAAAUAUUAAAGCCUUUGAAACACACAACCUUAUAAAGGAGCUUAAUGUAAAGGCCUUGCAACAUAUAAGACAAAUAGCACAAGAAUCAAGUGGAGAAAUUGAGUAUGGUGGUGGACGCCAGCCUGUUGUUUUAAUAACAUUUAGCCAAAGACUUUGCAGGGGCUUUAAUGAUGUUGUGAAUGGGUAUGUUGAUGAUGGCUGGUCACUGAUGGAGUGGAAGAUUUGA